AUGUCUUCCUGUUCUCUAGAGACCCAACCCAAAGCUUUUUUCAUGGAUAUCCAGCUUCCAUCCAUUUUAGCUCUUCUGUCUUUCCUUUUCUUUUUAUUCAUGGUGUUGAAGAAUGGAGAAAGAUCAAGCUCAAAAUUGCCUCCAGGUCCAAGGAGACUACCUUUAAUCGGAAACUUGCAUAACAUGGUAGGACUAGUACCACACCGUUCACUCAGAAAUUUAGCCAAGAAAUAUGGACCCAUUAUGCACUUGCAACUCGGUGAAGUUCCAAUACUGGUUGUUUCAUCCCCAAGCGUGGCAAAACAGAUUAUGAAGACCCACGACUUAGUUUUCGCAGACAGACCAGAGAUUUAUGCUGCAAAAAUUAUGUUAUACGAUUGUAGUAAUGUUGUGUUCUCUCGCUAUGGUGAUUAUUGGAGAGAAAUGCGUAAGAUUUUCGUCUUGCACCUCUUAAGUGCUAAACAUGUUCCUUUGUUCCGACCGCUAAGAGAAGAGGAGGUCAAGAAUACGAUCAAAAGCAUUUCAUUGCAAGCUGGUGUACGUAUCAAUCUCAGUAAACGAAUCACGUCUUUGUUCAAUACGAUCACUUCAAGAGCAGCUUUCGGUGAUAAAUGCAAAGUUAACGAAGAAGUCAUUUCAAUGAUGCGUGAAUCACUUACUUUGGUAGGAGGUUUGGAAGAUUUAUUCCCUUCGUUAAAAUUGUUACAUCGCAUCGGUGGAAUGAAAUCAAAAUUAUUGGGAUUACAUCAAGAAGUCGACAAGUUUUUAGAGCGAGUUAUCCAAGAACACAGAAAGAGUAGGAUGGUAAAAAUCGAUGAUGGUGAAUUGGAGGAGGAGGAUUUAGUAGACGCACUUCUUCGAGUUCAAGAGAGUGGUGAAUUAUCAUUAACAACACAAAAUAUUAAAGCCGUCAUCUGGGAAAUUUUUGGUGCAGGAACAGAUACUUCAGCCAUUGCAAUACUAUGGGCGAUGUCUGAGUUGCUAAAAAACCAAAGAGUAAUGGAGAAAGUUCAAACCGAAAUAAGACAGGUCUUCGGUGGGAAGAAGCAAAUCGAUGAAACUGACACUAGUAAACUAGAAUACCUAAAGCUAGUUAUCAAAGAAACACUAAGGCUACACCCUCCAGCUCCACUAACUUUACGAGAAAGUAGAGAAAGAUGUGAAAUUGAUGGAUAUGACAUACCCGCAAAAACCAAGAUGAUUGUCAAUGUGUGGGCUCUCGGAAGAGAUGCAGAAUACUGGAGCAAUGCUGACGCGUUUGAACCAGAAAGGUUUGAUGGAAAUACAGUUGAUUAUAAGGGAAAUAACUUUGAAUAUAUUCCAUUUGGAGCUGGUAGAAGGAUGUGCCCAGGCAUGUCAUUUGCUAUGGCUAAUGUUGAGCUGACACUUGCUCAUUUGUUAUAUUAUUUUGAGUGGAAGAUUGUCGAUGAAUUAAAAACCUCUGAAGAACUUGAUAUGAUAGAACUCUUUGGUGUAUCAGUUUCUAGAAAAAAUGAUUUGAUCUUGAUUCCUAUUCCUUUCAAUGGAGUCUCUAAAUAUACAUCCGCCGGAGCCCCCAUUCUUAGCCCCCUGACUGUUUUGUUGAGGCUUGCAGACUUGAAUCUUUUCUUACCCUUCUCCUCUACUUUAAGACUCGUGCUUCAGUGCGGGGAUUUGUUGUCUCUGCGUGUCUUUCCUCUCUCGAUAUUUCCUGUGACUGUGAUAUCGCGUCCUCGAGAUGGUCUUUUGGUGUUUCUAGGGUCAGUCCAGGGUCUUGUGGUUAGAGAUGAUUCGAAAGAGGUUCGUCGUUCGUUGCUAUUUCGAGAAAAGGUGGAGUUUAUAGUGACUCAUCGUCAGGCUGUGCGUGCUCGUCUUUGGGAUGAGUGGAAGGAACGAUCGAGGAAUCAUGAAACGGCCCUUCAAGACAAAAGCUUCCCCGGAAACACUGGGUCGCAUUUAUCAGCUCCUGCUAGACAUGAAUGUUGA